AGAAUCGUUCCUGAGAGUGACUGACAGCAGUAAGAAAAUUGUUUUAUUAUUCACCUUUGAAUGUUAGAAGCACCGCAAAUCUUUUAUUGUGAUAUAAAUCAGAACGCCCCCACUUCACUUGGUCUGUGCUUUAUUCAUUUAUGCCAAAGAUUAGACUGUCCACUUUCUUGUAGGAUCUCCCGUAAAUGCAGAACAAACAACAGGCGAGAAAAGUUGUAACGCUGAAGUUACAUUUACUGAAGAAGUAUUAAUUUCAUAUAUGGGGUUCUCAGUUACCGUUGCUGCAGCAUCUAAUGACACAGAAACUUCAGUGGCUCUACCCCACAAUGCUCAAAAUGAGACCACAGUUACAGUUUCCAUUAGAGACGACAGUACUUCACACUCAUUGCUAUGUGAUGUAAGCAGUGACAGGAAAAGGAAGUCUAAACCUCAUCCUGAAGAUUGGAAGAAAAAUGCCAAUAAAAUUCUGAGAAUGCGUGAACAGGCAUAUAUUGGGUACAAAAAAAGUCAAAUUGGUAAAAUUGCUCAUGAUACUCCAAGAGAGGCACGAAAAUUAGGUCCAACAUGUACUUCAAAGAUGUGCCAGAAAUCCAUUCAAAGGAAGUGUCAUCAGUUUUCUGUUGAUGAUAGGCAGGCAGUAUUUAACACAUUUUGGGAAACAAUGUCAUGGGAUCAGAGGAAGGUUUAUGUUAUCAACUUUGUGGACGUAAUUCCAACCAAACAUCCAGGGAAGAACAUUAGCAAAUACAGGAGAAAAGGGGCGCUCAUUUAUCAUUUGAAAAAUAAGCUGGGGAGACAUAAAGUAUGCAAAAAGAUGUUUCUCAAUACUCUUGGGAUUAAAGGAUGGACUGUCCGAUAUUGGCUGGAUAAUUCCACACAAGGGAUGAGUCCUGAGACAGAUUCGUCACGACUUCGAAUCAGACAGACGAAGAAGAAAGGUGAGAGAACUUUCGUGAACUCUCUUCCAAAACUUCCGUCGCAUUACUGCAGGAAAUCAUCCUCAAAGUUGUACCUUAAGCCUAUUCUGCAAUCCAAACAACAGCUGCAUCUCCAUGGAAAAAUGUCAUGCAGAGAAGUUUUCACCAUUAAGUCGGGCUACCUUUAAUUUGAUUUUAGAAGAUGGUAAUAUUAGCCUAUUUUCCCCCCAGAAAGACCAGUGCGACUUGUGUUGUAGUUACAGGCUUGGUAACUUGAGUGAAUACGUGUGGUAGCAACACACAGAACAGGAAUAGCAGGCAAGGAUUCAAAAAGAU